AUGAUUUGUUUCACCGUCAAUGGAGAAAAUCGUCGCAACGCACGGGAGGUGAGCAUUCUUUCUCUUGCCAUCCGAGACCCCGCCUCUGUGAUGCCGAUCCUGCAAGGGCGCACAGAAUCCACGACAACGACGAGUGCCACGGAGGAGACUUCUGUGGUUAAUGCUGGUGGUGGCGGUGGAGGUGGCGGUAGUAGUAGUGUCAGCUCAGCGGUGGGUGUGGCGGAGGAGCUUCCGGCUGAUGCCACCUGGCUGCAAGGAACAUUGAUUACAAUAUGGUCGCCGUUAGAGGACCAAGGCGUCAUUGAAGGUGACAAUGGCAGUCGCUACCUUCUUCGCGACGGUGAGGAACAUGUGAGGGAUUAUAAAAUAUGCAAGCCUCUUCUAAAGAAGGGCCGCCGUGUGAAGUUUACAUCAUUUGGUGGUACGGGUCUAUUAGCGUGCCACGUCAUGCCGCUUAAUGCUGAGGCAGACGCGGCGAUUCUUGCAGAGGCGGAGUUGCAAUCCGGAGAGCAGCGCGUGAGUGAGGGGCCCGCAGAGGAGGCCCUCGCUUCUCCCAUGAGUACCGCGUACUGGAUCACGCGAAUGGACCGAGCGGGGUACGACACCACAGAGGUAAAACAAAUGCAAAACAAGGCAAUCACCUUCGACGACGACGAGGAGGACGACAAGCUGCUUGAUACGGAGGAACUCUUCAAGAAGGAUCACUGGUUCAGUGACCCGCGGAAAAACAUACGCCUGCCAACCAGUGACAUGACAGUCAGCAACCUUGCUCUCAUUGGUCCAGCGUCGAUGAUGAACAUUGCAAUGAAGGCCCACAACCCGCAGAAGCUGGAGAAAGUGACGAACAAGUACUCCAACCGACUAAGCGAGCCCAUGAAGGAGUUUGCCUGGAAACAGGCGAAGGAGCUUGCCUCCAAGUAUGAGAAACGUAUCAAAGUGGCACGGGAAAAGGGAGAUGAGCCCGGGUUUUCUUUUUAUUGA